AUGAAAUUCACGAGCCUCACGACCGCCGCCUCUCUUCUCCUCGUCGCCUUCACUUCUGGCGUCUCUGCAUUGCCAGCUAACACUCUCGAGCAACGCGACGUUUUCGUUCCUCCCAUUGUGGAACCUCAUGCAGGUGCUGUUUGGACUUCAGGCCAGCGCCGCCUUGUUACCUGGGAUAUCUCUGACCGCCCAGUCAACAUCACCAACAAGAUUGGCCGCAUCAUGCUUCGCAGAGAUGACCUCACAACACCUUUGAUCCUUGCUCAGAACUUCGACAUUCUCCAGGGCAAGAUUCAGGUCACCGUCCCUCUUGUAGUUGAAGGAGAUUAUCAGCUCGUCUUAUUCGGCGAUUCUGGAAACUUCUCGCCUACCUUCAAGAUUAAGGGCUCCGGUGUCCAGUUUUGA